UUCACACAUUUCUCUUCAGGUGUUGAAAGUCUCUGUAAUAUCAAACAGAGAUGGCAUUUGUGGGUCCACUCGUCUUUUGGAGAGAGAGAGAGAGAGAGAGAGAGAGAGAGAGAGAGAGAGAGAGGGGUUAUUGACAAUCCCAUUGCACUGUUACAGGAGAAGAAAAUCUUCCUUGGUCUAGAAUAAUCCAAAUCAGCCAAGUAGGAGGACACGAUGAGAGCAGGGGUCUUGUGGAUGGUGAUGGUGUGUUUGAGUGAUGGAAAGGUCCCACAAUGCUCAGUUGGGCCGACCGUCACGGUGUCAAAACUCAGUAAAGUAUCCGUGUCCUGUCCAUCUGCCAUGGCCAGCUCAGAGUUCAAGUAUCAGCUCUUCUUCAAUGGCAGCUGCAUCGGCCAAAUACGUCUUGAGUUGGACCAUGCAGAACCUUUGUUCUCUGGUCAGUUUAAAGUCACAGCCAACAACAGCGGAGAGUACGUCUGCAUGACGGAGCUGAUUUACCCUCCACCACGCAGAAAGUACUGUCACAUCACCGAAGUCAUGGUGGCAGAAACGCAGUCUUUUGCAGUCAACGACCCAGUCCUGGUAGCCAAUCAGAGCUCUCCAGCUGUGGCGUCAGGCUGCUCUCCGUCCAUCCCAGAGGCGGUGAUGUGGGUGGGAUGUGGUGUUUUAUUUCUCUACGGCCUGUCAAUCACCUGCAUUACCAUUGCUAUCUGGAGGAAGAUGAAGAGAGAUGAAGAGGAUACAAACGUGUACGUUAACAUCCGACCCGGAGAGGUCAGGAAACCCUGCAAAGUUUAACAACCGUUUGUGCCAAUUAUGAAGACAAGUUGGUUAUUAAAGCUACGGAUGUUUUGUGAGAGCUCUCAGAUGUUCAAAUCACAAGUCUGCAGUUUAUGUGUGGAGUGUUUUAAAAUACUAAAUAACAGGAAAAAGGUAAAAAACAGCAGGUAGCAAAGUGAUGCACCAAACAUUUAUCCGUGGCACGAAACACGCCAAAAACAUGACAUCCGAACACUUUGGAAAAAUUAAAAAAUAUACAAGGAUCAUUUUAUUUUUAUUGUGUUGCUGUUAAAUGCUGUCAAAAUAAAACAAAAGGUCAUAUUAUGUCUUGUUAUUAUGUUAUUAUUGAUUAAUGUCCUGAGCCUGUAUGGAAUUAUCUGGUUACAGUGAGAUGUGAGUCAUUUUCCAACAGGUUUAUUAAAAAGACAUCUUGAAUAGUUCAGAAAUGUCACAUGCAUGAGGCGAUUUACUUAGAAAUUUGUAUGA